AUGUUAUGCACUACUGGGUGUCCAGACAGUUCUAGACAAAUUCAUUCUGGGGAACUAUUUAGACAGGUGAAAGAUGCUUUUAGUUCAUCAGGGCCAGAAACAGGGAAAGGCAAGACAAAAUUGUCAGGCAGGCGUGUCAAGCAUGGUUACCAUCUUGUGAAGGGGAAAUCAAAUCAUCCAAUGGAGGACUACUUGGUGGCGGAGUAUAGGCAAGUUGGGGAGCAUGAUUUGGGUUUGUUUGCAAUAUUUGAUGGCCACCUGGGCCACACUGUUCCAGACUUUCUGCGUGCACAUCUCUUUGAUAACAUCUUGAGCGAGCCAGAAUUCUUGAGUGACACGAAAAAUGCUAUCAGAAAAGCAUAUCUACUUACCGAUGAGAAAAUAUUGGAAAAAGCAGCUGAGUUGGGAAGAGGAGGCUCUACGGCUGUUACCGCCAUCUUAAUAAGCAGUAACGAUAGUGUGAAGCUAGUGGUCGCGAAUAUUGGAGAUUCACGAGCAGUUAUUAGCAAGAAUGGUAAAGCAGAGCAGCUUUCAGUUGAUCACGAGCCUAGCAUGGAGCGAGAAAUUAUUGAGGAAAAAGGCGGAUUUGUUUCGAACCUACCAGGAGAUGUGCCACGAGUUGAUGGGCAGCUGGCUGUUGCAAGAGCAUUCGGAGACCGGAGCUUGAAAAAGCACCUCAGCUCUGAGCCACACGUGGCUGAGGAAGUUAUCGAUGAGAGUUCAGAUUUUCUAAUUCUAGCAAGUGAUGGCUUAUGGAAGGUGAUGACCAACCAAGAGGCUGUUGAUGAGAUCAAGGACAUCAGGGACGCACAGGCAGCUGCAAAGCAUCUGACGGAGCAGGCGGUGAACAGGAAGAGCAAAGACGACAUCUCCUGCGUCGUCGUAAACUUCCACUGCUAG